AUGGAUCAAGGGAAUUUCUUCAGAAAGGCGCUGCAGCGAGCUGAUGGUCCGAGCAUGGGACUUUGGCAGAUGGUGCCUGGCGCUAAUAUGUCCCGCGCCCUUGCCCGCGUGCCAGGGGUCGACUGGGUGGUGAUCGACUGUGAGCACGGUAAUCUCGAUGACAGCGCUAUGCACGACGCGGUCCCUGCUGUUGCUGCAGCUGGUGCAUCUCCGAUAGUGAGGAUCCCUGGUAUGGAAUCGUGGAUGAUCAAGAGUAAGAUAAACCAGCCAAGAGCACCAACCCGGCCAUUCUACUUACAGCAGACAGGAGCUUUGGACACGGGUGCCCAUGGAAUCCUGGUACCUUUGCUUCGCACUGCGCAAGAGGCCAGAGAAAUUGUCAAGGCGGCCAAGUUCCCUCCACAAGGCACGCGCGGAUUCGGCUCGCCGUAUGCAAUGGAACGAUUCAGCCCCAUGCCAACAAUGACCGAGUAUCUCCGGCAAGCAAACAGUAGUCUUCUUACUAUAGUACAGAUCGAAACUCAAGAGGCCCUCGAUAACUUGGAAGAGAUUGCGGCUGUUGAUGGUGUCGAUAUACUAUUCGUGGGACCAUUCGAUUUAGGGAACAAUAUUGGACAUCCUAUCAUACAGGGCGUCUUUGAACCACAAUUGACAGAUGCGCUUGCACGUGUGCUGGAGGUGAGCCACAAGUUUGGCAAGAAAUGUGGAAUCUACAGUACGUCUGGCAAGCAAGCGAGAGAAUAUGCCAAAGCAGGGUUCGAUAUGAUUCAUGUGGCGACUGACUUCACAUCGUUGCAAUUCAUUAUGGCGCAGGAGGUUGAUAUUGCUAAAGGAAGAGAGAGUACCGAAAAGGGCGGUAGUUACUAA